AUGCGCACCGCUCCCAGUGGCUCGUGGAGGCUACAGUGCGGGCGGCUGCGCGGAUCCGCGGCGUACGGGUGCCGUUGCCUGCGGUGGAGGUGCGGCGCACUGUGGCCAUGGGCGAGAUCCGCGUAUCGACAGUGGCCGUCGCGUGGCAUCGUUCGCUCGAGGCCAAUGCUACGGUUAGCGUGGCAAUGCCCGAAAUACAAGUCGCUCAAGAUAUGUCUCGCCAAUCAGAGAGUUUCCCUGACUUGGAAAUACCUCCCAUCGACUGGCUGGUGGCCGUGCGUGAUUGUGCCGGCCGCCCUGUCACCGUGGGAGCUUGGGCGAGCGAAGAAUGCGGCGGAAAACUCGAUUCUGCUGCUGGCUUCGACAAUUCCGAAGAAACUUCCCAAGACUACGCUCCCGUAUCGUCUCGCUCAUUGCGUCUUCAUGGCAAAAUUGAUGAGGUGUCGCCCGAAAUCCUGCGCCCGUGUGCGGACGGGCUUAGCCCUAUAG